AUGUCCAAGGGGAAAUCCAAUUAUACUUCCCAAUUACGAUACAAGUUCCCUUUACCAAUCCAUCCAAUAGAUGAUCUUCCGCUUCUCAUCCUCCAUAAUCCAGUGUCAUGGAUAUGCUAUCUUUACAAAUAUAUGAAAAGUCACAAUAGACUGCAAAAAAGGAUCCAUGUGGAAAUUAACGGUGACUCGUUCCCUCAUAUCCUAGUUGAGGACCAGGGGCAAAUGAUUUAUCUUUGGGAUAAUGGAUUCUUUGGGACUGGUCAACUUUCACGUAGUGAGCCUACUUGGAGAAGUCGUACGUCAAUAAGAUUGGGAAUUAAUGAUGAUACUUUACAGAAUGAACAAUCAGCUAAAUCACAAGUUGCUUUAGAGAAGUUGACCGAAAGAAGACGUCAACAAAGGCUGGAAUUCAAGAGAGAACGUGACAAGUCUGAAAAACAGUUAUUAGAACUUAGACGAAAAGGUGGUAGCAUUGAAGAAGAGGAAGCACUUUUAGAGAAGGAAAGAGAAGCCUUAAGAGAGUACAAGGCAAAUCAAUUGUUAAAGAGUGUAGAUGAAGAGGAACCUAACGAGCUUCGAAUGGAAGAUGAGAAUCUAAUCGACGAGAAUGGGAGGAUUAUCAAGCUGGAAUCUCUUCAAUUAAUGCCAGUUGAGGCAAUAUUCCUUUCCUAUGCCUUACCAGUGAUAGAUAUACCUAUACCUGAAUUAAUGGAACGUCUAUGUGGAGGCACAGUGGAAUAUGAAACCAUCCAUAAACUUAUAACGCGAUAUGUUGCCUAUCAUCACUAUCGGUCUCACGGAUGGUGUGUUAGAUCUGGUAUAAAAUUUGGUUGUGAUUAUAUUCUUUACAAACGAGGCCCACCUUUCCAACAUGCUGAGUUCUGUAUAAUGGUUAUGGAUGCGGAAGUACCGAGGGAUUAUACCUGGUACUCCACGGUAGCUCGUGUUACUGGUGGGGCAAGAAAGACUUUUGUACUUUGUUAUGUGCAGAGGUUAGUCUCUCAAGAUAAAAUAUUGGAAGCCUGGGACAGGAAAGAUUUUACUACCAUAUUUUCCAGUUAUAAAGUGGCAGAAGUUAUAUAUAAGAGAUGGGUUCCAGGUAAAAAUAGAGAUUAA